CCGAUACGCACUGAAUAUAUCUAUUUCUACUUCCGGUUAAAGAAGCCGGCGACUCUUGCAUCUAAUUUCGCAUUUAUUUAACAGUUGAUACGAGAAAAUGACGUUAUUCCACUUUGGAAAUUGUUUAGCGCUUGCUUAUGUGCCUUAUAUGAUUGUUUACAAGUUUUCAGGAUUAGCCGAAUAUGGAGCAUUCUGGAAGUGUGUACAGGCUGGAGGAACCUACCUGUUUACACAGUUAUGCAAGAUGUUAAUUUUGGCGACAUUUUUCCCUGCCACUGAAGUAUCAACAGGCUUGGAUGUUGUUGGGGAAUUCAUGAAGUCAACAGUAGAUUUUGCAGACUUAGUUGGUAUAUAUUUUGUAAUGUCUAAAAUAGCAGGAAAAGGACAGCUUAAAUUUAUGGUGGCAGGUCUGGGAUGGGCAACGGCAGAACUCUUAGUUACAAGAAUAUUACCUUUAUGGGUUGGUGCCAGAGGAGUAGAGUUUGACUGGAAAUAUAUACAGAUGUGUUUUGAAUCUAAUAUUAAUUUGGGACAUCAUAUGUGUUUGGCUAUGUUAGUAUGGUUAUACAGUAGAAAUGACCUUCAAAAGACAUAUGUUCCUAUAGUGAUGACCUUGUUAGCACUAAGUUGCUACAGACCACUUAUUGUAGAAAUUUUAAUCCAUGCAGUUGGCCUAGGAUCAUGGACAUUAUUAGCAGCCAAAGCUUUAUUUACAACAACAGUUGGGGUGAUUGGACUUCAGAUAUUCCUAACAAUGACUGUACAGACAUCUAAUAACCAUUACUAAUGAGAUUAACACCUUGUAUAUGGAGUGCCUAGAACAACUGGAGUCGGUUUCACCAAAAAACUUACGAUUAAGGUUAAUAAUAAGUCAUGAACAAUUCAGAAUAUUUAGGAUAAAUCUUAGUUGUACGUAUUUUGGUGAAAUUAACUCCUGGUCUUAAACAAUAGACCAAAACUAUAAACACACCCUAUUACUGGUUAUCGGUAUUGGAGAUUUAACACAGUAUAAAAUCAGCUAUACCCUGUUGCAAAAUCCAUUGUAUUGCAAUGGCAGUCAGAAAAGCAAACAUGAAUCUGCUGUACAUAAUAGUAUGAAUAAUUGUAGUAAAUACAAAGGAAAAAUUGCAACAUCUGUUUUUCAUAUGAUUAGGCACGAUAUAAAAACAUGUUUUUGAACAUAUGAAAACAUGGAAAACACAUAUGAAAACAUCAUAACACAUAUGUUACAAUUUUUCCUAUGUAGCAAUGGGAACACAUAUCCUAUUAUAUCUGCCAUACCAAUGGACAGUAAUACGGUUGGGUAGUAAAUGUGUUAUCCUAUUUUCUUAUGAACGUUUUUAUUUUGAUUUGUCAGUCUGGUAGUUUUAUUAAAUUGACAAUUGCUGAACCUUAUUAAAUGGUCUUGUAAAACUAUGGUCGGGAGAAAUCUAGAAUAUUGUUUGAAAUAAGCUGUUUUACCUGACCAAUAUCAAUCUCGGUAUUUAAUCAUUGUUAAAAUAGCUCUAGAUGACCAUACAUGAUUGUGUAAAUGUUAGAGAGAUAGUGACUUAGUGUUGCAGUAUAAAUGAAGAAUUCAGAUUUUAGUUUUUUAGGAAAUGUGCUUUUCACUAAACAUUCUAAAGUAUCCUAAGUUCUGUUGUGUGUGAUAUAUUUUAUCUAUUGUUUUUAUUGUAAAUCAUUUUAUAUAUAAACUUUUCGUUGAUGAAUGAAAUUUCAUACUACAAUCAUGUCAUCAUAAAGUAUAUUGUACCGUUAAUUUAGGUAGUGGUGCUUGCAUUUAUUGUGUCGCCUGGCUGCAUCCAUAUCACACUGUUUAUUUAUAACUUUGUAAAAACAACUGGACAGUAUUUAAUCAAACAUGCUCAGAUUAUUCUGCUAGGCAUGAAGUUUUGCACAGCCUAUUUUGCUUUUGAACUGAGUGAUCUUUUGGGGUUUCACAUACUAAAACAGGAAAUUAAUCAUUUUUGCUUGUAUUAUCUGUCCAGCAGCACACAUCUUCAUGGAACACUCAUGCAUUUUUGACACUUAAUACUGCAUAUUUUAUUACAUUAUGUUACAUAUUUGAAAUAUUAAAAUAAAUAGGAAGAAAAGUGAACUUGACCUGAAUUUACAAAUUAUAUUUUAUUCUAAAUGGAGUUCACACACUCAGUAGUUAUGGUGAUUCUGUUCAGAUAAUGAUUUAUAAAUCUUUAUACAAACCAAAUAUAGGAAAAUAUUUAGCUUCACUUCUCCCUUCCUCAAUAUUCUGUAAAUUAUUAUUUUAAAACACUGCCAUUCCCAUGAUAUUGUUUCAAAAAUUUUAAAUCAUUUCAUUUAUAUUUGACAUUUAGUGUUACACUUGGUUUGCCUGGUCUGUGAACAUGUAAAAUCUUUGUCCUUUUUCACUACAACUAGUGAAUAAUUUGUUUGUAUAGCUAUGUUAUUUAAAGAAAAUAAUGUGUCACUUAUGUUAGAAAUUGUGCAUUUAUAUAUAGUAUUGUAUUCUAUUCAGAAUAAAAAUUAAGAAUUUUAA